GGAGAGAUGAACGACGGUGAGAAAUGGAGCAUGGCUAGCUACACAGGGGGUUCACAAGACAAGACAGUGAUCAAUCCGAUAAUGCUAAGAUUCCGACCGAUAGCUCCAAAACCGGCCUCCGGAGAGUCAGGUUCUGGUGGGGUUCAGUUUGAUAACAAAAGCUUGUUGCUUUGUAAGCCCCGAACUAAAAGAAAGUACGUUAGGGUUCGAAAGAAUAAUAUCAAGACAAAGAAACGAUCAUCAUCAGAUCAUCUUCAUAAUGAAGAAGCUUCAAAGAAUCCUGAAAAGAUUGUUACUUUGCAGUUAUUACCAGAGAAAUCCGAACCAAAUGGAUUGAUUAACAAGCAAAACGGUGCAGUUUUGGAGCAAAAUCAAGAUCCACCUUUUUUAUUUAACUUGAACUUCAACAGCCGUUGGGUUGAUCAUAUCGGAGUUGUUGAAGAACCUGAUCGGACGGUGGUGGAGUCGUGGGUGACGGUGGAGUGCGUGACAGACAGUUGCAUGGAAGGAAGAGAGCUAGGGAGUACGGACAUGGAAAGGAUGAAGAAUCUGGAAGCUGACACGUGUCCAGGCUUUAUAUCAGAUGGUUUGAACAGGGUUCGGUGGGUUAACGAAGCUUACAAGAGGAUGUUGAGGGUUGGGGAAGGGAAUCAGGGGCUAUCAUCACCGCCGGAGAUAAUGGUUUGGCUUGUGAUUAAACAAGAGUUGCCUAGGCUUUGCAGUGCAUUUUCAUGCAAGGUAAGGUUGCAGUACACGUUGAAGAAGGACAAGUGCUCGAGAACGUUGCCGUGUGAUGCCUGGAAACUGGAUGGUGGUGGUGGUUUUGCAUGGCGGCUGGACAUCGAGGCUGCUCUCAGUCUUGGCCGUUAAGGAAAAUCACAUAUCUAAGGAGUAAAUAAAGAGAAAAAUGAAGCAAAUCAGUAGAAAAAUCAGGGACAAAUGGCGUUUGAAAGCUCCUGUUCAGCCCUCAACUUUAGACCUAGGAUUCCACUUCCCAGAUAACUAAGCAAGGUUAAGAAUCAAAGCACUAAAACAGCCAAGACCACAAUAAUACAAACUUAUGAACAAAAAUUAAUAGUUUUUCCCAAAGUACAAUAAUGGAGCUGAGGUGUGUCUGUUGCAAACAUUUCAAGGCAAAUUAUGCAAGAAGGGUUGAAAACACACUCACAUUGGGUUAAAGCAAAACAAGUUCAGGAAGUAUUGAAAAUUCUCAUAUUAGGCACCAGCUAGGCUAUAGCUCUCGCUCUCUCUCCUCAAACCUAACUGCUACUAGUAAUGGCUCAUAGAUAAGUGUUAUAUCAUAGAGUUAUUCUUGAAUCUUUUAUACGUUUGUCACACUAAAUCCAAAAGACUUAAAGUUCAUGGAUGAAAAUAUUGAGGAAAAUAUAUAAAUUGGGGG